AUGGACAAUCAGCAAGUAGUCAUUCUGAACGAUGGUGGGAGACGGUUGGUAGCUCCUUCACGACCCUAUGAAAUUUUAUUGUUGUUUUGGGAUUGUAUCAAGGGGGAAAUUGAAGCAGGAAAAGUCAUGGUUGAGCAAAUAACAUCGAGUCAUGAUAUCAUGGAGGAAUCUAGUCAAGCAGUUCUUAAAAUAAGGAGAAUUUUCGAAAAGUUAAAGGAAAUUGCUUUAGAGAAGGAUCCUGAAGUACAACAUAAUCUAAAGAAGAAGGAUCAAAAGUAUCUACGCGCUUUUUAUGCUCUGAGGAAAACAGAUAACCGUCGCGUUAGACUGAAUGAUGAUGAGAAAGUAGCAACUGAUGAAAUAUAUUCUGCUGCUACAUUUCAAGAGCCAAAUUAUGUGGCCAAGGACUUCUGUGAUGUGCUCGUUAAAAGUUGCAACUUCUAUAAUCUGGUGGUUGCGGCUAACGUUGCUAUAACUAGAGAUUGGGAUGAUGCUCUACGUUUCCUCAGUGUGGACAUUAAACAAACUAAUGAGUUCUAG